AAACGGCGGCGACGUGAGCCGAUACGUCGACAUGAUCUGCUACGCGUUCGAGAUCUUCGACGCCUUCGUGACAAACUUACAGCUCGUGCUGUACUCCGGCGACGUGUGGUGGUUACGCUGCGACGUGAUCUCUCUCUGCGACUUCGUGAACUACUGCGGAGCGAUCCUGAACGUACACUAUGUAGUGGCAUUCUCGGCUUUUUUCUGCUCUUGUUGCUGUGACUGUUGGUAUGUGACUGUACAGAAAACACCGGUUAGCAGAGUGACUAAGCAAAAAAACUCAGGUUGGAACGCACCAGGUUCUCCACUGCGACCAUGCGUUUUUGCACUGAACUCGUAG